AUGGAUGUGUUCUCAUCUAUCUUCGAUUCUCAAGCAGGAUCCAGAAACCGUUGGAGCUAUGAUUCUCACAAGAAUUCCCGCCAGAUUUCGCCGGCCGUUCAAUCUCAUCUCCAGCAGGUUUACCUUACUCUAGGUUGUGCUUUAGUUGCAUCUGCGGCUGGAGCUUAUCUUCAUAUGCUUUGGAACAUUGGCGGUGUUCUCACAACACUUGCUGGUAUCGGAAGCAUCGCAUGGCUAAUGGUCACUCCUCCAUAUGAAGAGAAAAAGAGGGUUUCUAUGUUAAUGGCGGCUGCUCUUCUUCAAGGAGCUUCAAUUGGUCCUUUGAUCAGUGUGGCUAUUGAGAUUGAUCCGAGUGUUCUGGUCAGUGCAUUUGUGGGAACGGCAGUGGCCUUUGGUUGCUUUUCAGCAGCAGCCAUGUUAGCAAGGCGCAGAGAAUUCCUUUAUCUGGGUGGCCUGCUUUCAUCUGGAAUAUCCAUGUUACUCUGGCUGCGUUUUGCUUCCUCUAUAUUCGGUGGUUCCACUGCCAUUUUCAAGUUUGAGUUGUAUUUUGGACUUCUGCUGUUUGUGGGCUACAUGGUGGUUGACACUCAGAAAAUAAUUGAGAGGGCGCAUCUUGGUGAUAUGGAUUACGUGAAGCACGCACUGACUCUCCUUACUGAUUUCAUUGGUGCUUUUGUUCAAAUUCUCGUUAUAAUGCUAAAGAACUCUACAGUGAAGAACGAGAAGAAGAAGAAAAAGAGGAGGGACUAAAUGAACGUUCGCACCUGAAAGAACUAGUUUUGGUGUUGGGUUAAGUCCCACAACGAGGGCAACCCAAAAUUCUCUCCAAGUAGGAUUUGAAUUCACGAUCAGUCAGUUAACAGCCGAUUGAUUGGAUCUGCCGUGGACACUCGAGAGACCUCCACAAGGUAUCCUUGUAAGUCUUGUAAAUCGUAGCGUGAGUUUCUCUUGAGAUUUUCGUUAUCAGUACGUAGUUAGAAAGGACUGUGCUAGCUUGUUUGGGGAUGAGCAGAGAUCAGAUACAGACAUUUAGUUUUAUCUUGUAAUUUCCCCAUGAACACAACAAAGGUUAGAAAGGUUUUCUUGUGGUGUAA